AUGGGACAUGUUUCCAAGACUUCCACAAUCGUCUCCACUGCAACUUCACCAUCAAGUAAUGUUCUUCCUUCGUCAACAUCUUCUGGCUCAACACCUACAGGAAAUCCGAUCAAACCACUCGUGGCUGAUAACAGAAAUCGAAGGACCAUCAUCAUUGCCAGUGUAAUACCAUCAAUUCUUGCCGUGACUCUCGCUGUCGGGGUCGGUAUUUUCUCUUAUCGAAAACGCAAGGAAAGACGAGAUCACUUCAAUACAUUAUCUCAAGACGGAGAUGGGCAACCGUAUUUCCAGCAAAAAGCAGAACUCGAUCAUGAGGGGCCAAGACGAAAUGAGUUGCAAGCCACGACCACAUUACCAGAGCUACAAAGUGGAGGUCAAGUCGCCGAACUUAUUGCAGAUACUCCCGCACGAGGAAUUCCGUUACUUCCAGAGUUGAGAGGGCCAGAGCACUCACAAGAGCUUGCAAGCCUCUGA